CUCGGGGAUGGCUGGUUGCAGGAUGGGGGUGACUUUGGUUGCUUUCUAUCCGCUUCGCUGGUGCAUCUGCAAAAACAAGGUUAUGUGAAGUAUACCCGGCCCUCACUCGCAGCUCGCCACCCCUAGUGGCCAGGUAGCAUGGGGUUCCUCAGCUCCAAGAGCUCGUUCUUCGCUUUCCACCUGGGCCUCAUUGCUGGCUUUGUCAGCACCUUCUACCUGGUGGGCAACCUGAUAUGGGAAGGGUCCUCACGGCCUGGCACCCAGCCGCCACAUGGCUCCAAGGAUCCUGAGUGGAUUGUCGAUAGAUCAGCCCUCUUCAGAGUGGCACACCCACACCUGGAAGGCGAAGAGAGUGGCAUGGCGGAUGAGCUGUACGACAAGGUGCGGAUCUUGUGCUGGGUGAUGACUGGCCCCAAAAACUUGGAGACGAAGGCCCGCCAUGUGAAGGCCACCUGGUCCCGUCACUGCAACGUGGUCCUUUUCAUGAGCUCGGUGCAAGACGAAAACUUCCCCACCAUAGGGUUGGACACCAAGGAAGGCCGGGACCAGUUGUACUGGAAGACCAUUCGGGCUUUCCAUUACGUGCAUCAGCACCACUUUGAGCAGGCGGAUUGGUUUCUCAAGGCCGACGAUGACACCUUUGUGGUUGUGGACAACCUGCGGUGGCUGCUGUCCAACUACACCCCCGACAGGCCCAUCUAUUUUGGCAAGCGCUUCCGGCCCUUUGCCAAGCAAGGCUACAUGAGCGGGGGCGCCGGCUAUGUGCUCAGCAAAGAGGCCCUGCAACGCUUUGUGGCUGGCUUUGCCUCCAAGGUGUGCAGCCACACGAGUUCUGUGGAGGAUCUUGCCCUGGGCCAGUGCAUGGAGAAGAUGGGGGUGGAGGCCGGGGACUCCCGGGACUCUGAGGGGAGAGAGACCUUCCAUCCAUUUGUGCCAGAAUCCCACUUGACUGAGAAAUUCUCAAAAAGCUUCUGGUAUUGGAACUACUGUUAUUACCCCAUUGUGGAGGGCCCUCAGUGCUGCUCUGACCUGGCCGUCUCCUUCCACUACGUGAACUCAGAGCUGAUGUACACCCUGGAAUAUCUGACCUACCACCUCCGUGCCUAUGGCUACCACUACCGCUACCGCCCCCCCUUGUCUGAGAAUGCUGCUCGCCUCCAGCCCCGGCCUCGGGGGGAGCCCCUGGAGAGGAACAACAGCACCACCUCGGAGACUGAGAAGAAGAUGUAGGGGCGGAUGACUCUAGAACGAACCAGCCCAGCUGCGAUUCGUUGAGACUUGCCAUCAAAUGCACGUGUGCCUUGGUACCACUGGGCCCUGUGGUCCUCAGAACAUUUCU